AGUCUCAAUUUGUCACUUCAGACCAUCUGACUAAGAAGUGCCUCUUAAAUCCUCAUCAUUUCCUUGUUAUCUGAUUUGCAGGAAUCCAAGACUUAAGCAACCAUGUCCAACUCCACUGAGGCAGAACUCAUACACAUGUUUAAGGGAAUUCCCUUUACCACCAGGUCUUCUCCAGAACUUUUAAAAUCCUUGGAUACUUUUGAUGCUAGAGAAGAUGAUGUCCUUUUGGUUUCCUAUCCCAAAUCAGGCACCCACUGGCUUGCAGGAGUUAUAACAAAGCUUUACGAUACUGAAGUUACAAUAACAUCUCCCAUUGAAUUUGGAGACAUUUCCAAACUGGAGGAGCUGAAUAAUCUCUCAACAAAGAGAAUCAUUCCAACACACUUAGACUACAACAUGUUACCUCCAAAUUUUAAGAAAAAGAAAUGCAAGAUGAUCUACAUCAGCAGAAAUCCAAAAGACACUGCUGUUUCCAUGUAUCAUUACUACAGAGAUAACCCAAACCUUCCCACUGUAGAUACCUGGACUACUUUCUUUGACAUGUUCUUAAAAGGGAAUGUUGUCUGUGGAUCCUGGUUUGAUCAUUUCCUAAGCUGGGAAGAACAUGAAGAUGACAAAAACAUCCUAUUUUUGUUCUAUGAAGACAUGAAGAAGGAUCUCCCUAAGGUUGUAAAGAAAAUUGCUUUGUUCUUGAGUUUAAACGCCAGUGACAAAGAUAUCCAAGACAUCUGCAGUAAGUCCUCAUUCUCAGAGAUGAAAAAUGACACAGAAAAGGAGAACAGUGAUCCCAGUCACACUGUGUGUGCUCUGACAUCCAACAGGAAGCUGAUUUUCCGAAAAGGUGCUGUUGGUGAUUGGAAGAACCAUUUCACUCCAAAGCAGAAUAGGAGGUUUGAGGAGAUAUUUAACGAGAAAAUGAAACUCAGCAAAAUGGCAAAAUGUUUCAUCUAUGAAGUUUGACUCCGUGUGAAGAACAAUACGCAGUUAUCAACAAAUGGGAUAUGAACAGACUUCUUAGAUCCGAAUUAGGAAUUUUACCCAUGAUGUUAUGGAAAA